AUUAUUCUUUCUUUCUUCUUCUUCUUCCAAAUUUUGAGAGAUAGUAAUAACAAAAAAAGGAAAGAAAAAAAUGGUUUUGAUGGAAAAUGAAUUUAGUAAAAAUUAUGUGAUAUUGAAGCCAGAAAAUGCAAAUUUAUUGGAUUUGUUUCUAUUCUUACUUCCAUUUGGAUUAAGAAAGAAAAAAUUCAUCGAUUGUCCAUAUGGCAAAGAAGAUUAUUUCACAAACUUCGCAGAUCGAUGGCUAAUUUUCGUGUCCAUGUUGCUUCAGUUCAUCUUAGCCCUCAUUGCCACUCCUCUUGCUAAAUUAGACGCAUUUCUUCUUAAACUCUUCAACUUUAUUUCUUUCAACGGCGGCCUUUUGGGGAUUCUCUCCAAAAUUCUCAGAGGAAAGGGUUUUGUGAAGAUUAAAGAAGAUUCGAGUGAGUAUACAUCGGUGGUGGGAUUUGCAGAUUGGAGAAGAGAUUUGGAUUCGUCUAUAAAAUCUGAAAAGAGUUUCAGAUAUUACAGUGCUUUAACUGUAAUGGCUACCAAAAUCUCUUAUGAAUCCAAACCAUUUGUCCAAUCCGUUGUAAAUGAUCGCUGGAAGAUGAAGUUGCUGGGUUACUUCAAUUUUUGGAAUGAUUUUCAGGGUAAAGCUACGACUCAGGCGUUUACGUUUGAGAACACAGCCAUAGAUCCGAAUGUAGUAAUUGUUGCAUUUAGAGGCACCUCCCCACUUGACGCAUACGAUUGGCAAGUCGAUGUUGAUCUCUCUUGGUACGAGAUCGAGGGCGUGGGCCGGAUCCACAGCGGGUUCAUGAAAGCCCUAGGGCUUCAGAAGGCCACAGGAUGGCCGAAGGAGCUUCCCAAAACUCAAACACAUGAGUUUGCAUAUUACACCCUCAGGAAACAACUAAGAGACAUUGCCAAAGCCAACGAGAAGGCAAGGUUCAUCUUCACUGGCCACAGUUUAGGUGGAGCUUUAGCCACAUUAUUUGUCACUGUGUUGAGCCUACAUGACGAGUCAACCAUUUUGGAGAAAUUGGAUAGCGUUUACACAUAUGGGCAGCCAAGAGUUGGUGACCAACAAUUUGCAAAGUUUAUGGUUAAUUGUGUCCAAAAAUAUGGGUUCAAGUAUCAUAGAUAUGUUUACUCUUAUGACUUGGUGCCCAGAGUUCCUUCUGAUGCCGUCCUUUUCAAAUAUAAACACUUCGGUAGAUGUGUCUACUUCAACAGCCUUUACAAAGGAAGGAUUGUGAAGGAGCAACCAAACAGGAACUACUUCUCGUUGUUAUGGGUGAUACCCAAAUAUUUAAGUGCAUGGUGGGAGCUAAUUAGGAGUUUCAUAAUCCCAUUUGUGAAGGGUUUUGAUUACUAUGAGAGUUUGUUAAUGAAGGGUGCAAGGUUGGUUGGACUCCUGAUUCCAGGGCUUUCUGCUCAUUUUCCCUUGAACUAUGUUAAUGUCACUCGUUCGGGUAAGUUAAACGUACCCGACGAGGUCGAAGAUCCCUUUCUUGGAUAUGAAAUUGAAGACGACUUCUAAAAAGGUCCGAGUGUUUGCCAAUUAUUGUUGAACGACUAAGUUAACUUAGUCAUAGUUUAUGUAACCUAAUUUUUAAUAACCUUUUUCUAUAUGAUUUAAAUUAAGAGAGACACUAUUAUUAGCCGUGAUCAAUGAUGAAAUUUGAAAAUUCAAUAAAAAUUUAAUAUUUUUAGAAAUA